UGCCUGUGAUAGCUUUGUAUUGGGAGGAGAAAUCAGGAAUCGAAUCCCUGAAAUCCAUGUUUAUGUGUGCGGUGUGAUGUGUGGGAAUCCAGCAGAGCGUCCCUAGCAACGCCUCCGAGACGCAGCACGCUGUAUACAGUAUAGGAUGAAAGUUUUAUAAGUUCCUCGGAGCUCCGUGACUCCCGGGGUUUACCAUUACACCGCUCUACUACUCGUCUGUACUCGCUUGAGCGUUUCAAGGCAAUAUGAAGGUUGAAUCCCAUGUUGGUAGUGAAUCAGAUGAGGACUCUGGAGAUGAUGAGGAGGAUGAAGAAGAAUCCGAGAGUGAGAGUAUAGGUGGCACCUCCGCAUUGGAUGAAGAACCUAUAACAUCAAACAUUGAACAUAAUAUUGAGCACCAAAAAAACAAAGAUGAAGAGGAAUUGGAGAAUACUGCAAUAAAUACAGCAACUGAGGGAAAGGUGGAUAAAACGGACCAACCUAAAAAGAAAAAGAGAAAACGCAGGGUAAUUGGUAUCAGCUUAACAGGUUGCAAGUAUGAGAGUGUGCGACGUGCUUCACGACUUAGUGGACUGAAGGAAGUUGGAGAUGAUGAAGAGUGGACGGUUUACUGGACAGACUGCUCGGUCUCACUGGAGCGUGUAAUGGAGAUGAAGAGGUUUCAAAAAAUCAAUCACUUCCCAGGAAUGAGUGAGAUAUGUAGAAAAGACUUGCUGGCAAGAAAUAUGAACAGACUGUUAAAAUUAUUUCCAAAAGAUUACAACAUUUUUCCACGAACAUGGUGCCUUCCCGCUGAUUAUGGUGAUUUCCAGGCCUACUGCCGCACAAAGAAGAACAAAACCUAUAUCUGCAAACCUGACAGUGGCUGCCAAGGCAGGGGCAUUUUUCUCUCUAAAAACCUAAAGGAGAUCAAACAUGGAGAGCACAUGAUCUGUCAGCAGUAUGUCUCCAAGCCAUUCCUCAUCGAUGGAUAUAAAUUCGAUCUGCGGAUAUAUGUGCUUGUGACAUCUUGUGAACCUCUGCGCAUUUUCAUCUACAAAGAAGGGUUGGCACGUUUUGCAACAAUGUCUUACACAGAGCCUAGUCACAGCAACCUGGAUGAUGUCUGUAUGCAUUUGACCAAUUAUGCAAUCAACAAGCACAAUGACAAUUUUAUACGGGAUGAAAUGACAGGCAGCAAAAGGAAACUCUCAACACUAUGGAGAUGGCUGGAGAACAACAAAUAUGACACGAAUAAACUUUGGGAGGAUAUUGAAGAUGUCAUUAUCAAGACUCUAAUUUCUGCACAUCCUAUUUUGAAACAUAACUAUCGCACUUGCUUCCCAAACCAUAUUGCUGGCAGUGCAUGUUUUGAGAUUCUUGGGUUUGACAUUCUCCUGGAUAAAAAGAUAAAGCCCUGGGUGCUAGAGGUGAAUCAUUCACCAAGUUUCACUACUGAUUCACGUCUGGAUAGAGAAGUAAAGGAUGCCCUUCUGUUUGAUACCCUUACUCUGAUUAAUCUCCGGGCUUGUGACAAAAAGAAGGUUAUCGAGGAAGAUAAGCGUAAGGUGAAGGAACGUUUACUACAACGUAAUCUCCCCAAGGAGGCCAGACGUGAGCAGCUCGAAACGUCUCAGGCUGCUUGGCUGGAACAAGUUGAGAAAUACGAAGACAACCACCUGGGAGGCUAUCAACGUAUUUACCCACAGGGCAAAGGAGACAAAUACGAGAAGUUCUUCAAACACAGCAGCUCUUUGUUUCAGGAAACGGCGGCUUCCAGGGCCAGAGAAGAGUGUGCAAGGCAGCAGUUGGAAGAACUUCGACUUAAACAAGAGCAGAAAGAACUGCCCGGUGGAAAGAAGAAGAAAGACGGCAAGGACACCUUGCAAGGGGAGUCAGCAGAAGAAAAGCCUGUGAAAUACAAGGUGACGAGGCGGCCAUCCGUCCGCACUAUGUCCAGUGGAUGUAGAACAGCAGAGAGAAAGACCAAGGAGAUGAAAAUAGACUCCAUGAAACCAGUGGAUAUUAAUGAACGAGAGGAGAUGGAGAGGCUGCAGGGUCUUCAGCAAAGGGAGAAGCUUAUCAGAAGCCUUGGUAUAGCGGAUGCCUUGUAUAGCCUGUUUGGCACUAUGGAGCCCAAAACCCAUGACCUCAAGCCACAUGACUACAGUCUCCUAGAUGCUCAAACAAGAAAUCAAACUCAAGGCCUGAUAAUGUGUCAGGAUACAGAAGGAAACAUGUCCUAUGUCCCAGUUUCCUGCCUGGGAGGUGCAAUGACAGAGACUCGGGCGAAUGCCACAUCCAACCAUAUUAAUUUCGGGCCUCCAGUACAUCUUUCAAGUUUUCUUGGUAUAGGGGCACCACCUCCAACACAUUAUGCAUCAAGGAGAUAUGCACAGCCAAAAACUUUAACCUGGAAUGGGUUUCAAUCAAUACGAGCAACAGCGACUGUUAAUGAACUUAACUCUUUUGCCAAGCCAUUGAAAAGUGGAGGCCAUAAUAGACUAACAAGUGCCAAAGCCAAGAUAGAGCAAAAAAGUUCACCCAACAAAAAACCAACACGCUUUAAUGGAACCAUGUCUGGCUCACUAAAUAACUUACUUUCUACGGGGAGAGGCCUCGCUGCACAAUCGCCUGGCUGCACUCUGCCCGCUGUUGAGGGGGCUUUGUUUGGUGAGCGCCUAUUAUUAAUUUCAUCAUGUUCCGCUCCAAUUGCCCUGCGACAAGGCCAGUCAAGGCAACAGCCAAAAGAGAUCUUCAACCUGAACAUCAAUCGGAGAUGAACAUGAAGAUGUGCCAAAAGUUUGAAGACCAAUGCCAAGUCUGUUUCUUGCUUUCUAUUGGAAUAAAAAGGAUAUGAACUUCGGACAAUACAAUAAUAACAUAAAAGAUGUAGAAAAAAGGAAAAAUAAAUGUUGUCUACAGUGCAGACAUCUUCAAUCUGGGAA